AUGCGCCCCGAUACACCCCGCGAUCCCGUCGCCGGUCCUGAUGCCGGCCCCGAGGCCCCUUAUCCAAUUCGACUGUCCGGCCCCGUGAUCAAGGGAUUUGGACGAGGAAGCAAAGACCUAGGAAUCCCUACCGCUAAUAUCCCCGCGGACGAUCUGUCUGAAAAACACCCCGACCUAAAAUCAGGCGUCUACUACGGCGUCGUCGCGCUGGAUCCUAAAAAGUUCGCGCAGGAGAACGGGUUAACCGGUGAAACCGAAAGCUCCAAUGAAGCGACUCUCCAACCUGCGGUUUUGAGUAUUGGGUAUAACCCUUACUAUAAGAAUACCGUGCGAUCAGUGGCAUGUCUCACUAUCUGCUAG